GCGCGAGGAGCUGGCGAUGGUGGAUUCCACCUCCAGCCGCGGAUCCAGGGGAAGGGCUCGGAGGAGGCUGUCGCUGUCCCCGUCCCCGUCCCUGCGGAGCGCCCUGCGCGGCCUCUACACCCUGGCCCUGCUCCUGUCGCUGGCCGUGGCCGUGCUGGGAGCGCUGGCGUUCCGGAGGGUGGAUUCCAUCUCCAGCCGGAUCAGCUCGGCCCAGACCUUCUACGAGGAGAAGCUGCUCUCCAUCCAGGAGGAUCUCCAGGGCUUGGGAGAGAAGAGCUCCGGGAACGGCUCCCUGCGCCAGGACAGGGAGCAGCUGGGCCGGGACAUCUCCCAGCUGCGGGCCGCGCUGGAGCAGCUCCAGCAGACGCUGCAGGGGCAGGAGGCGCAGCUGGACCGAACUUCCCGGCGCCAUUCCCGGCUCUCGGCGGCGGGCGCGGGGCUCGGGGCGCGGCUGGAGAGCUGCGCGGGGUGGCUGCGGGGGCUGGCCCGGGGCGCGGAGCGGCUGCUGGCCCGGGCCGGGCGGUGCCGGGACGAGACCUCCCGGCUGGGCGCGGAGCUGCGGGAGCUUUCCCGGGACGGCUCCGGGCUGGAAUCGCUGCGGGGCGGCGCGGCCGAGGCGGGGCGGGCGCUGCGGGCGCUGGGCGGGGAGCGGCGGGAGCGGCUGGAGCGGGAGCUGGGGGAGCUGCGGGCCGGGCGGGAGCGCGCCCGGGAGCUGCUCGGGGGCGCGCAGGGCGCGGCGGGGGCGGCGGCGCGCCGGGAGGGCGGCAAUUCCCGCGGGAUGCAGGAGCUGGCGCUGCGCGCGGCCGAGCUGCAGGCGCGCCUGGACGACGCCAGCGCCGCGCUGGAGGAGCAGCAGGACAACCUCGGCGACGCCAGGUACGGAAUUCCCGCCGGGAAUGGGGACGUUGGAUCCAGCGGCCCCCCGGGAAUGGGGGGACAGAAGGGUGACAUCGGGAUCCCGGGAUCGCCGGGACCCCCCGGAGCUCUGGGACCCCCGGGACCCGCCGGCCCCCAGGGGGAACGGGGACCUCUGGGAACGAGAGGAUUCCCGGGGCUCAAGGGCUCCAAGGGCAGCUUUGGACUCUCGGGAUCCCGGGGCCAGGGCGGGUCCGAGGGGGAUCCCGGACCCCCAGGGCCGGAGGGGGAACCGGGAAAGGUGGGACCCCCCGGCCCACAGGGAACACCGGGAAUGCCCGGGACCCCCGGGGCCACGGGACGGGCAGGGCCCGAGGGACCCAAGGGAGAGCCCGGGAUGAGGGGACCCCCGGGGCCACCGGGACCCCCCGGACCCCCGGGACAGUAACUGGGACAGGGGGGCCCCAAUUUAUCCCCUGGGACCCCCGGGACAGUGACUGGGACAGGGGGUCCCCAGUUCCAUCCCCUGGGACCCCCGGGACAGUGACUGGGACAGGGGGUCCCCAAUUUAUCCCCUGGGACCCCCAGGACAGUGACUGGGACAGGGGUCCCCAGUUCCAUCCCCUGGGACCCCCGGGACAGUGACAGGGACAGGGGGUCCCAAAUUUAUCCCCUGGGACCCCCGGGACAGUGACUGGGACAGGGGGCCCCCAGUUCCAUCCCCUGGGACCCCCCGGGACAGUGACAGGGACAGGGGGUCCCCAAUUCCAUCCCCUGGGACCCCCGGGACAGUGACUGGGACAGGGGGUCCCCAAUUCCAUCCCCUGGGACCCCCUGGGACAGUGACUGGGACAGGGGGUCCCCAAUUCCAUCCCCUGGGACC